AUGCGUGCAACCCCUCCAUGGAUCACGGCCACACUUCUUCCUCCAAGGCAAGGUACCCGGGCGGAUGGGUGUGUAGUUGGCGAGUGCCCAUUUAGCUGCCUGGGUGAAGAAAGGACCGCGGAUCCAAUUAAGCCACCCACACUCUGGGUGUUCUGGAGGGUGGCACCCCGGUCUUCUUCCAGGAAAGAUGUUCCGUUAGCGCCGCCCUGUGGGUUCUCCGGUCACAAGAUUAGCAUCAAAGGUCCUCCUGCACCAGAGCCCGAUGCGUACUGGUUGGCGGAAAGCCUUGCCGCGGAAAGCCUGUCGUCUCUGUGCGGUAUGCCGGAACCCCGGACAAGACAUGAGAAGAAGUUGGGUGUCAUGCAGCAGCCAGUCUCCAGAUCGGAAUCUAGGGGAAAACAUUUGGUAACAUGCUGCAUUGUGUCUUCUUCCGCUUAUGGGAGAGUGCUGCGCCGUGUCACGGCAUCUCACUACCCCAGAGGCGCCGAGAUGUGUCGGGUUGUCGGUGCGGAUCUUGCAGCGGCAACUUUCCCUCCUGGGCUUUCGUCUACUUGGCAUGAAUCCCAGCUUGAAAAGGUAUACACUAUACAACUGCUGAUAAUGGCUAAGGUAGAACGCCUUACAACGAGUCGGAAACUUGAAACUCAGCUUGCACUUAGUCCAAUUUCAACUCGCUUGCGAGUGCCAUUGAAGGAUCAGCAAAAUCAGUGA